AUGGCCACUCUUCCACCUUCUGGCUUGCCCACAGGGACUGACAAGCUAGAAUACAUCAAGGAACUGAUCAAUGACCUUACUGAAGAUCUCAAAGAGGAGCUAUAUCUCCCAGAUGAUCGCGCUGCAGCUUUGGACCAACUAAAAGUACUCACUCGAGACCCUACUAACGCCGAUCCCCUCUACACAGAAGAGGGCGUUUCUAUGCUCCUUCGACAUGCUUAUGACAAACCAUCCACUAAGAGCGCUGAUGCCGCACGGCGAGUGCUGGCUAAUGCUAUGGUGCUCAAACCCGUCACUCGGGAGAUAUUUGUUAACAAAGGCUUUGCUCCCAAUGCCUGCCAGGGGCUUAAUGGCGGUAGUUUUGAUGAUGAGUUCCUCAACUCUCGCAUCUUGUUCCUGUCAACUUACGGUACCAACGUUGAUUUGAAGAAACUCAUAGAUGACGAGAAGUUGGCAGGUCGCAUCUCCGAGAACCUUGCUCGGCAUGCAAAGGAGUCAAAGGCCAAAAGUGACCCGAUGCAAGACAUGGCAUUGGUUGAAAGCGCCAAGCUCUUGUUCAACGUCACCCAUUUCUGUCCCGACAAAUCGUCUUCAUUCACUUCAGCGAUACCACACUUGGUGGCUUUGCUUCUCCGUCAAGACAUUUCGCAGACGAAGCCGCUUGACCCACCCGUUGGGUUCAUAAUCAACGCCCUUGCCAACCUUGACGUAGGGUCAUCAGGUUGUCAAAAGUUUAUCCACCCAGAGGAAAAUCCCGAAAAGGUGGUAUCUCAGUUGAUCAGUAUCCUGGAUGCCGCAAUGAAGAAUGUUCCUGACAAUCAGCUGGACGCUACCGUAACACCACUAGUCGGUGUUAUAAAGAGCAUACACGAGCAUGCCCCCGACUCCAGUAAGAAGUACAUGCGAGAAAAGCUUUUGCCUACUGAGGAGGACCGAAAAGAAGUCCUUGGUAGGGGAGAUGCAUUGUCUGCCAAGCUACUUCAAAACUUCAACAAUCCUUUGGCUCCAUCCAUCGGAACCGUUAUCCAGUUCCUCCUUUAUGACCUCUCGGACAAUGAUGCCAACAAAUUUGUGGAAAAUGUUGGCUACGGCUUUGCAUCAGGCUUCCUUUUCCAAAACAACAUACCGAUCCCUCCUUCAGCUUCAGACCCUGGUUCGCAGAAACCAGUCAAUCCCGUCACUGGUCAGCACGUUGAUGCAGAAAAGCCUGUCGAUGAGCCUGAAAUGACAGAAGAGGAAAAGGAGCGGGAAGCUGAAAGACUCUUUGUUUUGUUUGAAAGAUUGAAAAAGACAGGCAUUGUUGAUAUUCAGAAUCCAGUGGAGGCUGCUGUUAGGGAGGGCCGUUAUAGGGAGCUCAAAGACGACGAAGUGGAGGAAAUUGAAUGA